AUGGCGUAGCGAUGUGUGUGGUUGCUGAGCGUUAGUGAGGGUCGCUGGUUAGCCCACUUUCGCAUCGUACCCCUCUUUUAAUACGACGUAAGGGAUGCUGCCGAGCUUGUGACGGUUAUGCUGUAUAGGAUGGCUGUAAAUUGGAUUGGGAGCCUUGUUUCUAUUAACUGUGGCGAGACGCUUGGCGUAUAUCAGGGAAAAAUUUCUGCAGUGGAUCAAACCAGUCAGACAAUCUCUCUAACACAGCCAUUCCGCAAUGGAGUGAAAUGUUCAGUUCCUGAGCUAACGUUUAGCGCAAUUGAUAUCAAGGACCUGAAGAUAUUAGACAUCCCACAUACACAGAUAAACACAGGCUUGAUUCAGCCUUCUGUGUUCACGUCCACCAGUUUGUCGCACAGUACUUACUCAUCUCCGAAUGGUGCCAGCAAGGGUAUAAAGAAACUAAACACUUCAGGAAGUGCCCCACAAACCAUUCCACGCCGCGCAGAACUCAAGGUUCAGGACUUAGUCACGUCACCUCAACAGCAUUCAAAAAGUUAUGUGGACCGUCACAUUGAUUCUGCCCUUACCCCAUCUAAAGCGUUUCGUCGGAGGCAUAAUUCAUGGUCCUCAAGUAGCAAGAUUCCAAAUCAAGCAACGCCAAAGAAAAAUGGAGUUAAGAAUGGACCAAUGAAAAAUAAAGAUGAUGAGUGCUUUGGGGAUGGAAUUGAAGUAAUCCUUGACACAGACUUUGAUUUUGAAGGUAAUCUAGCACUCUUUGACAAAGCAGCAGUCUUUGAAGAGAUAGACACGUUUGAAAGGAGGAAUGGAACACGGUCCCGAGGAACACCAAAUGAGAAGCCGACAAGAUAUCGCCAUGAUGAGAAUAUUCUGGAGUCAGAGCCUAUUGUCUACAGGCAAAUCACAGUGCCACAGCAUAGUGGCAAAGAAUAUUGCACUGAUUCAGGAUUGGUUGUCCCCAGUAUUUCUUAUGACUUGCACAAGAAGUUGCUGGCUACUGCUGAAAGGCAUGGCCUGUCACUGGAGCGCAGACUGGAAAUGGCUGGAGUGUGUGCGAGCCAAAUGACACUCACACUGCUUGGGGGACCUAACAGGUUAAACCCCAAAAAUGUUCACCAGCGUCCAACUGUUGCUUUGUUGUGUGGACCACAUGUGAAGGGCGCUCAGGGGAUCAGCUGUGGCCGCCACCUUGCCAACCACGAGGUACAAGUUAUCCUGUUCCUGCCUAACUUUGUGAAGAUGCUGGAGUGUAUCACCACUGAGCUGCAACUCUUCAGCAAGACAGAAAGCAAACAAGUGUCCAGUGUGAAAGACUUGCCUGACACUCCUGUUGACUUGGUGAUCAAUUGUCUUGACUGUCACGAGAACCCGUUUCUUCGCGAGCAGCCAUGGUACAGAGCAGCAGUCGAAUGGGCCAACCAGAAUCGAGCUCCGGUGUUGAGCAUUGACCCACCUGUGGGCGAAUUGGAGCAUGUCAUUGAUGCCAAGUGGUCUCUAGCCGUGGGCCUGCCUUUGCCACUGGGGGAAAGUGCUGGCCGGGUGUAUCUCUGUGAUAUUGGGAUACCAAAGAAGGUUUUCCAGGAAGUGGGGAUCUCCUAUCACUCACCUUUUGGUUGCAAGUUUGUCAUACCUUUGCACUGUGCGUAGUGGUGGCUUAAUACACCAGAGGAUAACCGUGCAGGCCAUAAAACAGCUCAGCAACCUGCGGAAAAGAAUAUGGAGAAGCGUUACGAGCCUUAAUGGACAACUCACUUGGAUUUCAAUAUAGUUGGAGGAAAUGGUUUAUGAAGCAGAGAAAGCAUCACAAGUGUCGUGUUGCGACUGGUGCCGUACCACGAUCUGCUAAAGGGUGACAGCACCAAAGGUUACUGCUGGUUUGCAGUUUUGCCUUGUCCCCGUGCGCAUUACUGUGCCUUUACUAUGAAGGCUGUGCAUGGUAUUGUUUGUGACAUUCAAGACUUUCUUUAUAGGCAGGGUUGAAAUGGGCACCCACUCAUGAGUGAGUUUGCCUGUGUAGAAUAGUAUUUUUACUAUUCAGUCAGUUUUUUCUGAGAGGAACUUUGAAGUAGGAAGAUGUUCAUUAAGAAAUGCAGUAACUAUCACACUUGUGGUUUCCUUUAAAGUCUAUGCACCGUUUAGAAAUGAUCACUCUUGGGUUUUUUUCCCACGAGCAGACGGCUUAAGACAAUGUUUUCAACUUUUGUGGUUUUUCAUGAAGGUAAAAUGUGUUUAUUUGUGGUGAAACGCAAUAUUUGCAGAAUAUCAAAAUGCCUGUAAUUGUGAUCUUUAACGUGCACUAAUGGCGCCCCCUUGUGCAGCCAAGGCUUAAGUGCAGCUCCUGUGGUGACCCAGUUUGGGUGGUUAUAAAGGGCCUUCUGCUUUCCUGAACUUUAUAAUGGCUGAUGGAUGCUUGAAGUUCUGACCGUUUCAGUAGUUCCCAUAGACAUGCUCCAUACCCCCCCCCCCCCCUCCCCCCCCCCCCCCCCCAACCCCACUUCAAAAAAGCAUAAAUACAAGCGCAUCAAGCAAUAUGUCAGCUCCAUUUUGCCAAUGAUAGGUUCAAAUUUCUAUUUAAUGUGAUACUGUUCUGAAUGGAAUGGACUGCCAUGUCUUACAUUGAGCAAGGUGCAUGCCUUAUUAAUGUUGAGUUUUAGAUGGGUCCAUUGCACUGAAUUUUUUUGUUUUAUAUUGUCAAGUAUUAAGUUCUUCAACCUACCAGUUGAUGAAAUAAGUUAAGUAGGGCUCUUGAUUUGUUUGCCAACCUCAUUAUUUAAAAUAAUCUCAUGAGCUCGCAGAACAAUUGGGGACCAUUAGAUCCGUAGAUUUUUUAUUUUAAAGCCACUAGUGAAUUGGGGACUUGUGACAGCUGGAUAUUUGUAUUCCAGGCAAAAACACUGGCAAAAAUCCGACUGAUAAAUACAACUGCUGGGAAGAAGUAAGAUAGUGGAAAAGGAGUGUCAAUAUUGUAUUCAAAGUUGAGCAGAAGCUCAAUAUGUGGGUUAGCUUGGAAUUGAGCUCCAAAAGCUUUCACUAGGAUAUGCAGUGAGCUGGAGCCAGCUGAAUGAACACCCUUUUCCUUGUGCUCCUGAUGUGUUGAAAUAUUUCUAAUUGCUUUUUAAUGCAUGACCAGAGUAGUGUAGAAAACAUAUUUUCUGGUAUCAUAGAUGAGCAUUUGAACUAAACUGACCAAAGUGGGGUGGGAGUUUUGCUUGUGUUAUUUUCACUCCUGUUUUAAAAAACAUUGGUAGAGAUAUCCACUGCCCCCAACCCUCAAGUUUAAGCUUUGGUUAUAUUGUGUUCCAUUCUUUUCUAGGAUAAUAGAGAAAGUUGGUAUCAUUAUUUUUUGACUUGGCUGCCAUUUGGUUUUCCGAUGUGAUCCGAGUUGGUCAGUCAAACAGUGCCCAAGGCUCCAAUUGAAAUAUGUAUCUGUUCUUGUGUAGAUAAAUACUUUGUUCCUCAGCUCCCAGUAUUUUAUUCCCCAUCUUGUUUAUUGCUUGGACAAUCUUAUUUGAUCACUGGGAAACACUGGAGCUAGAGGUAGGACAGUAAUUGUGGAGAGCUCUGUUUACUCAUGCCCAUCGAUUAGGUAUCAUUAUUCAAAUGCAGUUUUGUGACUGCAGCAGGAUCAUCCAUGGCUUAAAUUCUUUUUUGGGGACAGAGAUACAUUGUACCUUCACUGCUGACCAUGUUCUGGCAAUGAGAGAAUUAGAAUAUUUCCUUGAAGGUGCUCCUUUAGUCUUCCCUCUGCAGUGUUCUUCACAGUUGGUGAGAGUUGACAAUAAUGCAUUUAUCACUGUUCUAAGAGGCUGAAUAAGAUUUUUUAAUUUGCAAGCAUUUAUCUUCAACUGUAAUUAUUUAAAGUUUUACUGAAGCCUCUGGAAGUUGCUUCCUAUAGUACAUGACAGAUCUCUGUGCCCAGAUAUUUGUUAGAAUAAGGCAAAAAUUAUUUUUUGUGCAACUCCGAAGAGUCUAGCUGCCUACACAAUAUGAUAGUGCUUUGAAACAGUUUAAUUCUUUGAUGGAAUCUACAGCCUUGCAUGCUUCCCUCUGCUUUGAGCAACAGUGGCCAGUAAAAUUUGUUCAGUAGCUUGAAUCAAGCCAUUGCAAAGAAUUAAGCUAAUUCUAACUUUUUUGUUUACUUGAUAUACCUUUGGUUUCAUUUUGGAGGAGGGCUGUUUUUAUUCAAGCAGUGCAUAUAGAUGAAGGCAAAGGGUUUAGAUGCUGGGCAUCACGAAAUGGCCUGAAUUAACAUUGAACCCCCACUGUGAUCACUUUGGUGGAGGACCUGGUUUAAUGUGAUGAUUCAGUUGGCUUCAGUGAUAUUUAACUCUCCUGUUCAGAUCUGAUGCAACAUCAGCAAUAUACCCAUUUUUCAGGACAUCCAAUUCUUUGUGACUGCAGGGUUUCAGCUCAACGAGGAACAUUUACUUGCUGUUGUGAUGUUAUUUGAGCUUUGAGUUGUACAAUAGAGUUUUCUUUCAGGCCAUGGCAAGCGCAUCUUAUGCAGUCAUUGUGCAAUAUUACGACUGCAGUGUAUAAAAGGACAAAACGUUUGUGCAUAUUUUUCAUUGACAAAAGAAUGUAGAUAAGCAUUGCUUACAAAGUACAUUUCUACAAAUGUCAGGAAAUGAAUUUAUCACUUGUAAAACGAGACACAAACUGAAUGAGAAUAUACAUGCUGGGCUUGGACAAUGCAGUGGCAUUUGAAUAUCUGAAACAAACUACCACGAUAGUGCUAGAGGUGUACUUUCAAUGCAACAAAUAUGUAGUAUUUCUGGAAAGUUGCUUCUGUAUGUAAGUGUUUUGCCACUUAGACUUUAGGCAUUGUCUGCCUUUGUCAAUCCUAUCCAGUUUUGAAAAAGCCAAAUAACAUGUUUUGUUCAAACCGUUUAAUUUUCACUAGAGUGAUUCCCACAAGCUAAAAAAAAUAGACUCUAUAACAUGGCAGUGACUAUAACCAAACUUAGGGUGGUGAUGGAUUGUUAGCCUCUGUGAAAAUGCAUGCCAGGUCUAUCAUGUUAUUUUAAGUAGUACUCCAACAACUCUGAGCCCUCAAUACCCUUUACUGAUUGUUCACAGCAGACAAGCGGAAUCCAAACAUCCUGGUGCUUUUGUUCCAGGCAGAUAGAAAACAUGGGCCAUUCUCCAAUGUAUACCACCCUAGACUUUAACUGGCUCUCUGGUCUAAUGCCACAGCACUGCAUUUCCUUUCUUCCCUGUUCCAGAUUAACAUAAUGGCCCUGUAUAUGGACAUAAUUGUGUUUUUUUUUCCCCUUGGACAGGGGUUUUAACAAGUCCCUGUGGUGGAGUUCCUUGCAGAAUGAGAGGAAGAGACAAGCCUGGAUUUUUUUUUGCUUAUUUAACAAAAUAAUAAAUCUGGCAAGCGGAAUAGAAUUUGGGAAUCCUCAACCUUUCAGGUCAUUUUGUGUUAUGACAGCACUGACUUGAGGUGCCAGGAAGUUUGGAAGCGGUAAUUUUAGAUCUAGAAAGUGAACAAAAUAGUUAUUUUUAGUGAAAUGUAUCAGAUCAGCAUUAAAAGGAGAUAACAAACAACUUGUAUUGUCAAAUAUUUAGGUCUUUGUCUCACUUUGUUUUUGCACUCAAAUGCAUUAACUCGUUCCCACCAUUCUAUUUGGUUUGGUGUGGGGGGGCUGGGUUGUCUCCACAUUAGUGUUUGGGUUCCCCCCAUGAUGCCCUGCUGUCUGAAAUAUACAAAGAAGAAAGGGUGUGCUACUGAGCAUCGCAUCUUCAGUGAUUGUUUAAAAGUGCCAUAUGCUGUUCUCUUGAAUAACCUCGUGCUAAUUGCCUUUUUGUUUUGCUCUCUACCUCCUUCGCUAAUUCAGGUGGGUAGAGGAAAAUCAGGGAAGAAAUAAGUUUUUAGUUUUCCCCUUCUGAGUAAUUCCUAGUUACCCUCCUCUGCUAAUUACUGUGGGCUGAUGAGUGAGAUCAAGUUUGAAUUCUAGAUUGGCAGCUGUUUUCCAGCAGGCUCCUGAGGAAUGAAUGACUCUUCGGCGGACUGCAGAGCCAUCGGAAGUGGCUCACCAAGUUAUAAAAGUUUUGUUCAACCAGAAGUAAUGGUGUCUGUAUUUUGCCCUCUGCUGAAAUGUGAGAGGUUUAUAAGUGAUUCCACACCUUAAUGGCACAAUCAAUAUAAUUUGGUGGGAAAUGCUGCUAGCAGUUGUCUUUACGGUGGCCAAUUACUGGUGAAACAUCCUUUAUUUAAGAAAAAAAUAACUCUCUUCACUGUGAACGUAAGUUUCAAAAUUCAUGCUCAGAAGUAGGAACAAGUAGUGAACAUAAUAGGUCUGUGGAGCCCAGCAUUUCUCUAGAAAGCCUUGUUUGAUCACUACAACUUACAAAACUUGAUUCUUACAGUAUUUCAGCAUUAAUGCAUAGUUUUCCUUUUUUAUGUUUACAAAUCUUACAGACACACUCUGCACCACCAAAAACUUAUUGGUAACAGGAACUCCAGCUUCCUUCCAGAUAAUUGCACAUGUGCUCAGUGGAAGUGCUCCUAUUAAUCAAACUUUGAGGAGUUUGUGUUACAGCAGUGUUAAAUGUUGUACUGUGCAGGUACAAGUGAUCACGAGUACUGCUUUUGUUCCUCUCCCUGCUUCUUUAAUAUUGCAGUUGCUGAUGGCUCUUGGAAAAACAACUGUUAAUGUUUGUUCAAAGUUGCUUUUCAAACUGUACACUUAAAUAGACUGGUACAUUGUGACGUGGUGAUCUUUUGAAUAAACAAAAAUUUCCCUAACAAUCAAAAGCAGACUGCUGUUAGUGGAUGUUAAUUUAUCAUAUUGAAACCAAUGUACUUUGAUUUGCACAGCAUCUCCUAUCUGUACUACCUGCAUGGUGUCCAGUUUACCUGAACACUGGACCUUGAGCACUAGAACUAAUGCACAUCACCCUUGUGCUGUACCAGUUUAUUGUAGUUAUGAGGUUCUAAGUGAUUGUGACCAAGAAGUUUUUUGUGGAUGUGUUUUUGUUUCGGUGUUGACUGACAUUUACAAAAUGUAAAUCUGUUGUCUCAAUUUUUGAUUCUGAUACCGUCCUGUGUUCUGGAAGGUACAUGAUUUCUCAUUGCUGGAACUAAAGAUCUAAAUAAAGACAAAU